UUUUACUAGCCAAAAACAAACAGAUAAACAAAACUGAAAGACAGACAAAGCAACAAUGGCAAUGUUGGCUACUUUGGGAAGUCCUUCAGUCCUUAGAUUUCACAAACCAGAGCGUCUAAAGACAAGGCCAUCUUCACAACUUCUGAGUUUUGUUACUUCUCAACUUAGUGGCAUCAAAAUCUCCUACAAUCUUCCUGACGUGGCAUUUGUAAAACCCAUAUCCUCACCUUUCACUCCUGCUUUCCAGCCUGUUGCUCGCAGAGUAUGUCCUUUCACUGGAAAGAGGGCAAACAAAGCUAACAAAGUUUCCUUCUCAAACCACAAGACAAAAAAAUUACAGUUUGUCAACCUCCAAUACAAGAAGGUUUGGUGGGAAGCUGGUAAGCGCUACGUAAAACUGCGUUUGUCAACAAAGGCAUUGAAGACCAUAGAGAAGAAUGGACUCGAUACUGUUGCUAAGAAGGCCGGGAUAGAUCUUCGCAAGGAAUGAUAAGUUGCAAAAAUCCAUAUCAUAUGAUGAUGAUUACAAAUUGCGAUUCAGAUAAUUGAGAGAUGUCAUCACCUUCAAACAGCAUCUAUGCAGGUGCAUUCAUCUUUGUAUGUAAUCAACGAAAAGAGGGAAACAUUUUUCUUUCUUCCUUUACAAUUGAUCCAAUAUAACCUAGAAUCUAGUUUCUGUUGAUUCAACUGAGAAAAAAGAAAAAAGAUCUUAUGUUCCUUCUUCUGAUCCUCACUCCAGCAAUUAGUAUACAGUCACCAGAUCUGCACCUGCAUGAGAAGUGAAGGAAUAAUGAAUCCUAGCCGAUAAGCUCACAGAAGAUGACAUGAUUGUAAUAGAAGAAUAACUAAUCAUGAAGAAAAGCAUGGUUCAUCUCUUAUCAUUCAAGAAGCAGUCUGCUGUUUCAGGAUCAAGUCAUCUGCUGAGUAACGAUCGGGAUCAAGUUCUAGCAGCAGGUGCUAGUGUCAUGGGUCAAGACUUAAGUUUCGACUCGCACGGUUUCGGGAUCCAGGCAUUCACCCUUCUGAUGUCUUAGAUCAGUCUGACCGUCACGGUUCACACCCUUGUGAGGUAUUGUCCGUUCUGACCCUCACGGUUCACACCUUUGUGAGGUAUUGUCCGCUCUGACCCCUUUGAUCUCACGGUUUUGUCUUAUAAAAGGUGUCUCACAAGACAGGCGUCUUACAAGACAGAGGUGGUGUGAAUCUUUUUAUAUCCCAGUGACUUUCUUAUUAUGUUCGAUGUGGGAUUCAGGACUCCUCUUUAGGUUCGUGACAUUCUCUCCCAUCCAACCUCGUGACGCCCCCGUCACGGAGACUGACCACUUACUUCACUCGAGGUUGGUUCUAAUACCAACUGUCAUGGGUCGAGACUUAAGCUUCGAUUUUCGUGGCUCCGGGACCCGAGCAUUCACCUUUCCGGCGUCUCAGAUCAGCCUGACCGUCACGGUUCACAUCUUUGUGAGGUAUUAUUUACUCUGACUCCGUCUGACUUCAGAGUUUUGUCUCACAAAAAGCGUCUUACAAGGCAGAGGUGGUGUGAAUCCUUUUAUGCUCCAGUGACCUUCCUGUUAUAUUCGAUGUGGGAUUUACGACUCUUGUUUAAGUCCUUGACACUGUAACUUGAACCUCUUUUAAGAAUAGAAAUUUAUUUUGAUUAAAU